UUUUUCAGUGGAGUACAAUGUCACGUGUUCACCUAAGUGGAUGAUAGUGACAGUGAGUGUGAAUUCAACGUCAGCUCAAGUCUAUCUCGAAAAACUGAAAAUGUAUCCCGGUUGUGAACCGGAAAAAGUCGAAGAGACUUUUGUGUUUAAGCUGCCUUUAGACAACAUCUACACCUGCGGCACCACGAGGAUGCUCAAUAAAUUAACGGGUGUGCGAAUAUACUAUCACAGAUUAAUAGUAGAAGAACCUCAAGAAGAACUCCAGAUGAUUCUUGUCACGUGUAACAUACCCCCCACCCACAACACUUCAGACUCAGAAAUAAUAUCUCGGACGAGGAGGAACGUUUUCCCAGAAAAUUUCGUCGAACCUGACUAUAUCAACAUCACAGAUUACAUCGUAGCGAGAGCGCCAGUGCCCUUUCUAAACUUGGCAGUUAGACAGCACGGUAAAAUCUUGGAUACAACACUCAAUGUCCAGCCAGGAACUCCUCUGGAGAUGCUAAUUUAUUUGGACAGGAACAGCGCUGAUACGUAUGGCUUAUUGGCAAGUUACUUGAAAGUCACCGACAGUACACCUGAUCAGGAAGAAGUCAUCAUUAUGAAUGGGUGUUCCAUUGAUCCAUACAUUUUCGGAAAUUUUCAGUCUCUCGAGAAUGGAGACGCUCUCUCGGCAAAAUUUAGAGCGUUCAAAUUUCCAGACGCCAAUUAUGUUCUCUUUGUUGGUACCGUCAGCGUCUGUUUACAAGAGUGCAGGGGGGUACCUUGUGGCAACGGCCAGCUUGGUUACGGAAGACGGCGGCGACGUUCCAUUCCUACAGAUCUGCCACCUGAUCCCAACAAAGUGUUCGAAGUAGAGAUGACAACAUUCCUCAAAGUAGAAUAUACUGAGGAACAUUUCACAUUAAAUAAAGGUUCCUUGAAAAGUGAUUUUGAGUCACAGCAGAAGUCCCAACAGGAAAAUGUCAGUUACACUUCUACAAAUGAAGUAGCGGCACUCUACGGCAACAGCGGAACUUCUCUUUUCUCACGGAACUUAUCUAGAGUCAUCACGAUCAUCUUCUCGCUAAGUUACAUAUGCUGGAUGAGCAAUGUCUGGAAGUGAAACUGAACUUCACUUUCUCUCUACUAUCGCCAAUUCUAAAACUCUAACCUUAACGGGUUACAUGGACUCAUAACCACAUAAAACCACCAAACAGGCAGCGUUAAGUUACGUUCAAGAGGUGUCUGAAUCACAUUUCACGAGUAAUUACAAAUCUACCGAUAAUAAAGUAAGGGGUGAGAGAGUUACUUAUGAAUACGUUCACACAUUUCAAAAGCGAAAUAUUUCCGGUGCGCUAAAUAGAUACCUAGAGUUUUGAGUCUUUAGAUGGUGAAUGCGUAAUACUCAUUUAUGCUUUCGAAUUGGAACAUUUGUUAAAACACCGCUGUCUAUGUAUACAUAAAAUUGAUUCUAAAUAUAUCGUAUCAUUGAGCACUUGGCUCUAAAAAUCACGGCUUAUUUAAGGUUGCACUAAAACUCAAUAAUCUAAAAUGUUUCACAACCGAAGUUCAACUAAUGUUUGUAAUAUGUUUUUUUAUACUUAAUACACUUGUCGAGAAAGAAUCAAUGAAUUGGCUACAUUUGAAAGAUUUUAUAACAUUUAGCUAUUCGUAAAAGAGUCUCUUCAAUAUUUUAAGAAACUUCAUAACUGAAUAAGGAAAUAAUUAGAACUUUUAUUUCCAUUUCGAAAUGGGUUAGCCAAUAACACUGACAGGCAACAAUAUGCUGAUUUUUUCUUGAAUCAGUAAUUGUAAAACAAUCAAACUGUUAUAAAUCGUAAAUUAAAUUCGAGAGUGUGCUCAGUAUUUUAGAAACUGAUAUUAACAGUAAAUCCUGAAGUAACAAGAGAUUCCAUUUCUACUUCAAAACUUGUUAAGGCACUUUCUGGAAGUUAAGGCAGUAAUUGGAAGGCAGUUUCUGGCAGUAUGCCAGAAUAUUUUGGUUUCCUAAUUGGCUCAUAAGUCAGUAAACACUGCAGUUAUUCUAAAUUGGAAAAUAAAUUGGAAUGAUUGCCCAGUAUUUUAGAUACUGCUAUUAAUAAUAAAUUGUUAAAUGAGAGCUUCCAUUUCUAACUAUCCAAUAAUAUUGGUAGGGUACAAUAUAUAGAUUUCAUAUUUGGUUCAUAAAUUAUAAAACACUCCUUUUAGUUUAAACUGUAAACGUAAUUAUAAUUGCGAAUUAAAGUAAUAUUAUAAGUAAAUCGUAAAAUAACUAGAGCUUCCAUUUGUAUUUCCAAACGAAUUUUCCAAUAAUAUCGAUUGGCCAGAAUAUGUUGAUUUCCUUCUUUGAUCAUAAAUUAUAAAAUAAUUUUAUUGUCCUAAAUUAUAAAGUAAAUUAAACUAAUAUUAUUGGUAAAUGAUGAAACUAGAGCUUCCAUUUCUACUUCGAAACGAAUUAUACAAUAAUACUGGUAGGCCGGAAUAAGUUGAUUUUCCACGCGCCUACUAAAUUACAAACACUAUAAUUAUUCUUAAUUGUAAACUGCAACUCGUAAAUUUGUUUCGAAGGUGUCGUUAACGUUUUAGAAACUUAAUAUUUCUCAUCAUGAAGUAUGUAGAACUUCCAUUUCGAUUUCGAUAUGGAUUAUAUAUUAAUAUCGGUAGACCUUGAAUACUUUGAGUUUUUUUUUUUUUUUUGCCACAUAAAUUGCGAAACAUUAAAAUUACUUUAAAAUAUAAAUCGCAUUAACAGUACUGUAUAAUUACCAUAGCAGUAUAUUAAAAAUUGCAUACGUAUUCACAAACACAUAUUUAUACUUUUCACAACAGCUAAAGCAUUUUAUGAGCACAUUACUACUAUUAAAUUAUAAUAUUAAUUUUAAACAAAACAUUAAAACUUCUUCAGUCUGCGGUUUUUACAUUCCCGUUAAAUUUUAUUAAUUAAUUUUCUUAACGAAAAGAUAGCAAUUUCUGAAUCGAUAAACUUGAAACAUACGUCUCAAAAAUACAAAUUGUAUUUCAACAUCCCAUACAUCCCAUUUAGGGCAUUUUGAGUUUUGACAUCUACAGUAUCUUUUGUAUCAUCUACAGUAGUUUGGAAAAAAAAUAUUAAUCAUGCAUAAUUUAUGAUCGGAAAUUUGCUACAAAGUUUAGUGAUUAAUUAUUUUAUUUAUAUCAGAAUUACGAAUGAUUUUUCUUUAUUCUUUACAACAUUUUCUUAUUUUCAUUAUAUUAUUUUAGCAUUAUUUUUUAACCUGUAAAGGAUUUUUGGUUUUCAUUUAAAGUUAAUUAAAUUCAUUGGAAGUUAGUAACAAAAUGCUUUUAAUUUCUUUUUAAAAGAAGUAGGUAUUACGGAUUAUUUUAAGCAAAGAUACCGAUUUGUUGAAACCACUUUCGACUUUCAUUUAUCUAAACUUUUGAUUUUUUAAACAGUAUUAACUCCCUGGUUAUGUCUGGUAACGUAUUUCAAGAAUAAGGAAUCGUGUUAAGUAUAAUAAAUAAAGUUAGAAAAGGUAAUUGUUUAGAAGAAAUGGUGUAAUUUAAUGCAAGAGCUUCAUAGCCAGUUAGAUUUUAGGUUUAAAUUUCCAAAAUUAGAUACGUGAUGACGUACAAAUGAAAGAAUCUAUCUAAAAGGAAAAAUCUUAAAAAAUGAAGUUUCAAAACACACAAUAGGCGCCGCCUAAUGUGAUCACGUUUAUAGUGGCUAUUUUGAUAACAUUAAACGAGGAGAAAAAAUGUCUUUCGAAACAGAAUUGCAAUAUAGCUAAUUAAUCAUAACUAUAUUUAGAAAUAUAUAAAUGGGUACUUUAACAUAAUUUUAAUGAGGAAAAUGUAAACGUCUCAUUCAUGAACUAUUCAUAUUCUAAAACUUAUUAGAUCAAUGCUAUCGAAAUAAUCGAACAGCAUCCAUCUUUAAAAACAUAAAAUUAAAAAUGCAAGAGUAAAAUUUAAAAUUAGGGGGAAUCUUAAUUUAGCGUAGAUAUUUCCAGAGAAUGUUUUUUUCCGUACGAAUUUUAAAUGGUCGAUUAAAAUCCAAACCGAGCAUUUUGGAGAUUUAAUCCCUUACUUGACGACAAUUCUCUGACAUUUGGCAAUUUUUUUAUCUUAUUUUGACCUUAUUUUACGACUUUACGUCAGUUUAAAGCAAAUAGUCUCGAAACACGACUUUUGCGUUGUUUUAGUUCAUCCGGAAAAACGUAAGAUAUUAUUCCUUCAUAUUUAAUCUGUCUGAUAUUAAUUAACACUCUAAAAUAUUUAAAAUAGUUAGAUGCAUUUCUUAAGAAUAUUAUAUUUUCUAAUUUUUAAUAUGAUUGAUUUAAACAAAAAAAUGAAUUAAAUUCCUUAUAUACCUAAUUCAAAACAUCAAAUUUUAGAGAAUGAUAUUACUUACACUCUCCCUUUUUAAAUAUGCAGAAGAUAUAUAUAACGUUCCAUUGUUAGUCUAAAUACAUAUUCAUCCAGUAGCCUAUAAAAUGUUUCGGCCUUCUACCUAAGCCUUCUUCAUCGAUAAAGUUAACUGAUAAACAUUUUUUGUAUAAUGCAUUGAUUAUAAUAACCGAACUAAUAAUCAAAAAUCUGAAGCAGCAUUGUAUUUUUCAUCUUUUGGCAUGCAAGAGGACUGGACUUCAUAACUAUAUAACAAUAUCCGAACGACAGCAUUAACCGCAAUUAUAUUAAGCGGAGCAGCCUGUUGAGGCUUUUUUUUAUUAUUGUCUUUGAUUUGUUUUACCAAUCUGAAAACAAUUUAGUAUAACCUCAGUUAGAUAUUAUUUACAUCAAAAGGAUAUGGAGACUAGUUUUCACAAAGUUAAAAUCCUCUUACUACUUGCUUCCAAACCUCUGCUUGUUAUUUAGAUAUUUGAGUAUAAAACAUUGAUAAAACAAUGUGCUAAGAAAAGUGUUUUCAUCAAGAUAAAAUUCCUCGCGGAAGAUAAUUUCACAGUUUCAGUGUGGUUGCCUUUAUUUAGCUGUUAAGUAUUUAAUUUUAGCUUAUAAGUAAAAACAAACUACCGUUAUUCAAUUUUUACUAUUUAAUAUUAUUUUAUAUAUGUUUCUUAAUUUAUAAAGCAUAAGAAUAUGCAAAUACGUUUUUCUCUUCUUUUGGAAAUCAGUCUUGUUUCUAAUAUAUUAAAAGCAAUAAUAUAGACUACACAUUAUGCAGUUUAUUGCAAUCUAAGACAAAAAUGUAGUUAUAGUAUACGUUUGUAUAAAAAACGUUAUUCAAUCAAAAUGAGAACAUCUGUAAUAAACCUUAAGUGUAUUUUUAGUAUUAAAAUAAUAAAUUAUUAUAUAUAUUUUAAGUUAUAUAUUAUUUAUAUAGUUUCAAUUUUACGCGUUUGUGAAGUAAACUAAAUCUUUGUUCUAUUCCAAUUAAAAUUUAUUAAUGCUAUUUUAGUUAAUGCAGUUAAUAAUACAUUUUCGAAAAGCUAAUAAUGCAAAAGUGAACAUUAAUUUUGUAAUUCUUGCAGUGCUAUUGCUUUGAAAUAUUACUUGUUUUUAACCUUAUUUCGGUAGAAAAAUUUUCCUUUCAUUAGCCAUUUCUAAAUGCUUACUCAUGUGUAAAUGAAUUUUGAGUAAAGAGGGUUACAGUAGAAAAUCAGAUAAAUGAACUUAAGCAUCAAGAAAAUUAUGUAGAUAAACAUUAAACAAACUGUGAUUAUGAAUGAAAUUUUUUGUUAGAACAUCAAGUGGUCCACAUCAAUAGUCCUAGAUCUAAACUCUUCAUAGAUUCAACACUUCUGUUGGAUUAUACAUGCUAUUGUCAUACAUAAUCUCCAAGUAAUAAUUUGUGGGAUGAGCCAUAGGUAUCUCUUCUUCAGAAAGGUGGGAAGAGGCAGCUGCAAGAUUAAGUUCCAGUCAUAGUAUGUUUCGGCUACGCGGGACUUGACGUCGAAAGGGACAAUUUCAGGAAACCCACGUAGCUAGGUUACCAUUUUCACUUACUACAAAGACUUGAACGCCAAACACCAAUCGAUUAUCGCUCAGAUUGGGAUCACGUGAGGAUUUCAGAAGCAGAACUUUCAUCUGGUUUGUUGUCUCUACUCGGAAAUGAGGUCAUUUCGGCCGAGACAUUUUCGGUGAAGUUUGAAAAAAUCCCGCGUAGCCGCAACAUUAUUUCCGUAGCUAGGCGGGAUUUCGCUUCAAGCGAGGCUCUUUUUUCUAGGUAACUUCUUUCCCGUUGAAACCAGUGCUACUAGAAUCUCGUUCCUCAAAAAAGUCCCGUCUAGCAGGGACUGUAGCCAUGUGUGAUAACCUCUUUAGAAGUAGCGACAGUCGAUUUAUAUAGAAAUCUAUGGCCAGUACAUAGCAAAAAUGAACAUAGUCCCAUCUAGCGAAAAAACCGUAAUGAACAUUAAAAGUGCAAGAUAUUUAAAUUUUGAAAGGGUUGGAAAAGUCUGCACUGGUAUUAAAUUUUCUUAUACAAUUGGCGCUACACUCGAUUUUUCUUUACGCGGCUCAUAAAUUUCCAUAUGAAAUGAUUUUCGCUUCUACCAGGUUUGCUGUUCCCCCAACAGAAACAAAAAUAAAAUGCUCUUGAAGUAGAACGACCUAAUCCUAUUCUCCUCGAAAGCAAUAGAAUUUUAUUCAUAAUCUUGAUUAAUUUAAGCUUUUAUUUUUGUUCAUAUUAGUUUUAUAUUAGGUUGUUUUUCUUCCAAAUUUAAUACUGAUAUCUCAGAGAAUUAUUGAUCUUUAAAUUAGAGAAAUCAUUCAUAGAUAUCAAUAUCGAUAAAUUUCAUCGUUUUUUUUAAUGGCAACCAAAGUCGUAGAUCAAUCGAUUAUUGGUUUAAUUCUUUUGGAUAUUUUAUAAUACAUUUGAUCUAAAAUGUUUAAAAUUAUGGUUAAAAAGUGCUGUAUUUAUGGGUAAAAAAGGCAGCAACUUUCUGAACAUAUUUAAAUGAUUUCACCAUUAAUUUUCAUCAUCUUAUCUGAACGGUGUUGCUAUUUUUUUUUAUCAUCAUGCGUUUCACUUAACUCAUUAUUCGCUUUCACUACAUUUUCAAUUCCAGACACCUCUUGAAUAGUGAAACUAUUCUGUAUGAUAAUACACGAGCGCGAUAACAAGCUAAUAUUUCAAGAUGCGGUAACAGAACAAAAUCCGAAAAGCGGAAAGGUGGUGGACAGCUUCAUUUUUUUAGGUGAAUGCAGAAAUGUAUCACUUCUCGUCACUGUAAAAUAAAGAUUAGAGAGCAGGAACUUUUGGAAUGUGUAAUCCAUUUUGUUUUAAUUUUUACAUGUCUGGGGUGUUAUCGGAUGUGCGGAUUUGUUUUUAAAGUAAUUCAUUUCAUUCUGUGUAACUAAAGUUGUAUUAAAACAUUUUGAUUUAUGAUGACUCUU